GGAAAAAAAAAAUAAUAAAAAUCCGUUUCAGCUCUAAGUUCCACUACUAUCCCAAGUCUGUCAUAUAACAGAAGUUUUUUCAUCAGAGAAAGAACCAUUUCAUCAAAAACAGGUGUAAGCAGUGGGGCAGUGGAUGAGAAAAGGAUGAGGCCAGGAUUGAAGCAGAAGAAAGAAGAAUCUAAGCAGUGUUAAAAUACUCAUGGAAACAGAAAGAGAUUGUUCACAUUUCACAACUCUAAAUCAUGUUGGCAAAAAAGUUGGUGACUGCACAGAAGCGAGGGGAGACAAGAGCCCUGUGCCUGGGACUGGGAAUGGUCGCGUGCUCCAUGAUGAUGUACUUUUUUAUUGGGAUCACCGUUGUGCCAUUCUACACUAAAAGUGUUUGGACAACAGAAACUGUGUGCAAGGUACUCAAAGCCAACAUCAAGGACAAAGUUCUCCGCACAAACAGCGAAGGCUCAGAGGAUGAGGAUACCUUUCCUUAUCCCUGUUUACAGGUGUGGGUUAAUCUGACAGCCUCAGGACAAGAGGUUAUGCUGUAUCAGACUGAAGACACACUGGAAAGAAAUCCUAAGUGCUCGUACGUCCCAGGCAAGUCGGAGAACUCUAGAGAAGUUAAAGCACAAAUAGAAACAAUUGCAAGCAAUUUCAAAAAAUACCAGACUUUCCCGUGCUACUAUGACCCAGGAGGAAUACAGACCAACGUCAUUUUAAGCAGACUUUAUCACCCAAAAGGCCUCCUCUUUGCUUUCCUUUGGCCUACACUAAUGUUUACAGGUGGAUGUCUGAUUAUUGUUCUGGUAAAAAUUAGUCAGUAUGUUUCUGUUCUUUCUGCUUGGCAGUAGAAAAUAAAUAUCUAGCAUAGAUUGUUGCAAGACAUUAAAGUGCCUUUGUUCUGCCUGUC